AUGAGGAAAUUUACUUUGCCUUCAUUCAGCAAGGAUAUACAACAAGAAUACUGUAGUCCUUACAUUUCUCUGGACACGGCCCCUCCCAAUGCAUCUGAUGGAAAGGACCAGAAGGUACAGCAGGAAAAUAAUGAUCUAUCUUUUUUACAACUUCUGUUAUGGAAAGGCUUGAUAGUUGCCACUGGAAGUAAAAGUCCUAUGGUGGUGGUGCUGGGUGGCAGUACGGAGCCAGCAUUUCAUAGAGGAGACCUUCUGUUUUUAACAAAUUUCCAGAAAGAUCCCAUUAGAGCUGGGGAAAUAGUUGUUUUUAAAGUUGAAGGAAGAGAUAUUCCUAGAGUCCACAGGGUCAUCCAAGUUCACGAAAAAGAUAAAGGAAAUGUCAAAUUUCUGACAAAAGGAGAUAAUAAUGAAGUUGAUGAUAGAGGUACAAACCUAUCAAACAAAGAAGGUCAAAACUGGCUAGAAAAGAAGGAUGUUGUAGGAAGAGCAAGAGGGUUUUUGCCAUACAUUGGGAUGGUUACCAUAAUCAUGAAUGAUUAUCCGAAAUUCAAGUAUGCUCUUUUGGCUGUAAUGGGUGCAUAUGUGAUACUGAAACGUGAAUCCUAAAACAAGAAGCAGAAGCAAUUCCUGGGACUGGACUGAAAUGAAUUCUAUUGAAAAAAGAAAAACAAAUAUAUUUGAAAUAUUCCACUUGCUAUAUAAAAGAAAACAAUAUGUAGGGGUUUUUGUCUUGUCCAAAUAAAUGACUCAUCAGUAAAAAAAAAAA